GAGAAGAAAAAAAAAAAAAUCUGCAACGCACAGUUUUGUAGCGAAAGAAAGGGUUUUUGAUAUCGCAACCACCGGCCGCACUCUUGCUCUCUCUGGGGAUACGAUUCUCUUUGCUCUCAUUUCAACCCUUUUUUCUUCGCUUCAUCAGCAAUCAUGGCGGAUGAAACUCAUAAUGAGGUGAAGGAGGAGGUUCCAGAAAUUGCACCAUUUGAUCCUACCAAGAAGAAGAAGAAGAAGAAAAUUACAAUUGUGGAUCCUGCUGAUGACCCAGUCGAAAAAUUGGCUGAGAAGACAGAAAACCUCUCAGUUGCUGAUGGAGUUGAGACUGCAUUUACUGGUUUGAAAAAGAAGAAGAAGAAGCCUGUUGAAAUCAGUAACUUGAAUGAUGAGAGUGGAGAUGCCAUUGAAGAUUUGGAUGAUCACGCUGAAGAUGAUGAAGGAGAAACAGUUGCUCCCCAGGCUCGUUAUCCUUGGGAAGGGAGUGAUCGUGAUUAUGAAUACGAGGAGCUUCUUGGCAGGGUGUUUAACAUUCUACGUGAGAAUAAUCCUGAACUUGCUGGAGAUCGGCGGAGGACAGUUAUGAGGCCUCCUCAAGUUCUUCGUGAGGGCACAAAGAAAACUGUGUUCGUGAAUUUUAUGGAUCUGUGCAAAACAAUGCAUCGGCAGCCAGACCAUGUCAUGGCUUUCUUGCUUGCUGAGCUGGGUACAAGUGGCUCCCUUGAUGGUCAGCAGAGAUUGGUUGUGAAGGGAAGAUUUGCACCAAAGAACUUUGAAGGAAUUCUGCGACGAUAUGUCAAUGAAUAUGUCAUUUGCCUUGGAUGUAAGAGUCCGGACACUAUACUUACCAAGGAAAAUCGUCUCUUCUUCCUCCGGUGUGAGAAGUGUGGAUCAGGAAGAUCUGUUGCUCCAAUCAAGGCUGGAUUUGUUGCUCGUGUUGGCAGAAGGAACACGGGGACAUGAUUUGGUCCUACUUUUAAUAUUUGUAAUUGGCUGGGAAUAUGAACCUUUUUCUGAAAGUUUUGCCCUUGUAUUAUGUAUCUCUUACCCUACUCCAAUUUUGAGUUUGUUGCAGUAAUGGUAUCUUGAGUCAAUAUUGUUUUGUCAUUUAACCUCUGGGUGCAAGUAUAUUUCUUCUAAUGAAAAUGGUCACAGACCAAAUAGUUUUAGGAAA